UGACCGAUCAAUCUGCUUCCUGACUGCUCGCUGCUGACUGUUAUUUCGAAUUGGACCGAUUGACAUUGGAGCUCCCUUGCUGCCUGUCUCACCUAUAUAUGACUGUCGAGAAAUUAGGUAGCUUCAUACACUACUUGCAUUCCUCGUCAGCAUACAUACCUUGGCUGACCCCACAUCUGUACAGUACCUAGCACAACCCAUAAUCACUUUAUAACUUAACCACCACCAUCCACUUCACCUACCUACCUGCUCUCAACAAAGGAAAGCAGAUACACACAAUGCAGUUCGAGCUACGCUUCGCUCAUUUCAACGACGUCUAUCACGUUCCAUCAGCGGAUCUACUCUCGCGUUUUUUACACUUACAAAAAUCCUUCCUCAAAAAAGAAAUCACUGGCGAUAAUGGCCUAACAGUCUUUAGCGGCGAUGGCUUCUCCCCAUCGCUUGAAGCAAGUGUUUUGAAGGGCGAGCAUAUGGGACCGGUGCUUGAUUUUGUGAACGUCGAUAUAGCAUGUUAUGGGAAUCAUGAUUUCGACUUUGGUGACGCGAGACUGAGGCAUCUUUCGGAUGGAGUUGAUUUUCCUUGGGUGCUUUCGAACGCGUUUCACGAAACAGGAGGGCUCCUUGGUUGUGCAGAAGAGUAUGUGAUUAGGGAGGUUAAUGGGGUUCGUGUUGGAUUCUUCGGACUGGCAGGAACAGACUGGCCAUCCAACUGCGAGAAUCUUCCUCCAUCAACCAUCGCGUCACCCGCAGAGGUAGCCAAACGAAUAUCGCGCCAUCUCCGCGUAAAUAAGGGAUGCGAUCUGAUUAUUGCCCUAACCCACAUGCGUCUGGCCGAGGACAUGGAGGUAGCAGACAUGACAGCCUCUGGAGACGGUAAAGUAGAUUUAUUCUUCGGCGGUCACGAUCAUGAGGUUAUUCGACGAUAUGUCGGCGAUACAGAUUCAAAUCCAGAGAAUAUUGAGCAGGGUCGCGACAAUACAGAUAUUGUUAUUAAUGGAUUGGUUAAUUAUACCGAGGGGAAUAUCAGGAUCAUUAAAAGCGGAACAGACUGGAGAGGCUUGUCGUUAGUGCGAGUGGUUGGACAGAAGGAUGAUAAGGGAGUUGCGAGUGUCUCUCAUGUGGAGCUGAGUCAGUACACCGACAUCGAGGCAGCUAUCCCAGCCCCCGAGACAUUCCCACCACAAAUCAGUGAGGUUCUGGAAUCCAUUCACAAUCGCGUGGAUUCACUAGUCCAGUCGCCUUUGGUGCAUACAUACACCCCUCUCGAGGGUCGCAGUUCAAUUGUUCGAAGACAGGAAACCAAUCUAGGCAAUAUGAUUGCGGAUGCAGUACGUGGAUUCUACGAUACAGAUAUAGCCUUCUUCAACAGUGGCGCGAUCAGAUGCGAUCGUCUACUCGAUUCAUCAUUACCAGGAGGUAGACCAUUGCGAGUGAGAGAUAUUAUCGAUAUCUGUCCAUUCGACAACGCCCUCAUUGUGAAACGAACCAGCGGCAGAGUUCUAUACCACGCCAUAGAGAACUCCCUCGGGGACAUGCACAUGGACGGCCGUUUCCUCCAAGUCUCAGGCCUGCGUAUAGUAGCCACAUGGAAAAAGAAAGCCGGUGAGCGCGUCAUAGAUAUCUUCUUAUUCAUCGAAGGACCCGGGACAACAACAACAACAACAAAGCUAGAGAAAAUCGAUCCUUCUCGCAUGUACACAGUCGCUCUUGCGGGAUUUAUUGCUCGUGGUUAUGAUGGGUAUACGAUGUUUCCGGAAGAAGAGACGAUAGUGAAUGAGGAGGCUGCCAUGACAGAUACGAGUCUGAUGCUUCGGAUAUUUGGACAUGGCGAAGAGGAAUCGGAUGGAGAUCGAUCGAGAAAUGACCAUCAUGUCAAGGGCGUUGAGAGGGCUAGGAAGAGUAUAAUUAUUGGAAGGAAUGAUUCGGAUGGAUUGCCAGUUGUUAAUCCUAGAGUGGACGAUAGAAUCAGAUUUAUUGAUUAUCCUGCUUUGUAGAAGAUAUACAGUUAUACAUAAGACAGAAAGAUAAAGUAGCUUGAUAACUUUGGGA